UUAAUGGCUCGAUGCCACCUGCACGGUGAUGGGCAAGUUUGGAACUUCCAGCCCAAACCAAUGCACAUCGGCACUUGUUCCAAUUGUGCUGCUGGCCGAUGAUAUUCCAGCUCGCAUCACUUGCAUUACGACGUAGCGUGCGAACCGUAGCUGAGAGCGCAGGCCUAUACCAACUCGCGACUUCCAGGCCGGCUCUUGCGCCUUCUCUAUACCGAACAUUCUUUUCGAGCCCCACAUUACAAAUGCCUACGGUGGGAGUGAACCGCGAUAAGCUAUUCGAGAAGCUGGGCAAGGUCUACACCGAUGAGGAGUUCGACCACCUCUGCUUCGAGUAUGGCAUCGAGCUGGACGAUGUGACCUCUGAGAAGGAGAUGCUCCGGAAGGAGCUGGCCAGCGCCAUGGCCAAGGGCGGCGACAACAAACUGGCGGCGGAGGCGGCGGCGGCCAGCGAGGAGGUCAUCUACAAGAUCGACAUCCCUGCCAACCGCUACGACAUGCUGUGCGUGGAGGGCAUCGCGCGCGCGUUGAACAUCUUCCGCGGGACCCAGGCGGCGCCCGAGUACCGCCUGGCAGACAUGAGCGGCAAGCCGCUGCAGCAGAUGACUGUUAAGCCGGAGACGUCGCUGGUGCGGCCCUUCGUGGUGUGCGCCGUGCUGCGCGGCGUGGCCUUUGACGCCGCGCGCUACAACAGCUUCAUCGACUUGCAGGACAAGCUGCACCAGAACCUGUGCCGGCAGCGCACCCUGGUGGCCAUCGGCACUCACGACCUGGCCAAGAUCCAGGGCCCCUUCACCUACGAGGCUCUGCCGCCCGAGGACAUCCGCUUCGUGCCGCUCAAGCAGACGCGCGAGUUCAACGCCAAGGAGCUCAUGCAGUACUACCUGGACAACGACCAGAAGCUCAAGAAGUUUGUCCCCAUCAUCCACAGCUCGGUGGUGUACCCCGUGAUCUACGACGCCAACCGCACAGUGCUGUCGCUGCCGCCCAUCAUCAACGGCCAGCACAGCGCCAUCUCGCUGGAGACCAAGGACGUGUUCAUCGAGUGCACUGCCACUGACCUCACCAAGGCCAAGGUGGUGCUGAACACGGUGGUGACCAUGUUCAGCGAGUACUGCAGCCGGCCCUUCGAGGUGGAGCCGGUGGAGGUGACCGACGCAUUCGGCAACAAGACCGUCUACCCCGACCUGUCCUGCCGCCGCCUGGACCUGACCACCACCUACGUCAACAGCCUGCUGGGCGUGAGCCUGCCCGGACCCGACAUCGCAACACUGCUCAACAAGAUGCAGGUGUCCGCCACGCUGGGCCCCGACGGCACCGCUCUGUCUGUGUCGGUGCCGCCCACGCGCUCCGACAUCCUUCACGCCUGUGACGUGGCGGAGGACGUGGCCAUCGCGCACGGCUACAACAACAUCGCCACGCGGAUCCCGCCCACCGCCACCCAGGGCCGCGAGCUGCCGCUCAACCAGGUGACGGAGCUGCUUCGCUCGGAGCUGGCCAUGGCUGGAUUCACCGAGGUGCUCACAUGGGCGCUGGUGUCCCGCGCGGAGAACUUCGACCAGCUCCGGCGGCCCGACGACGGCGCCACAGCGGUGGAGAUUGGCAACCCCGCCACAGCCGAGUUCGAGGUGUGCCGCAGCAGCCUGCUGAGCAGCGCGCUCAAGACGCUGGGCGCCAACAAGGAGAACGCGCUGCCCAUCAAGCUGUUCGAGGUCAGCGACGCCAUCCUGCUGGACAGCGCCGUGGCGGUUGGCGCGCGCAACGAGCGGCGGCUGGUGGCGGUGUACUGCGCCAAGGAGAGCGGCUUCGAGGUGGUGCACGGCCUGUUGAACAGGGUCAUGGAGGUGCUGGGCGUGCCGUACAGGGACGAGCCCGGCGCCUCCUCCGCGCCCGUGUCCUACCACUGGGCGCCCGCCGCCGACCCCGCGCUGUUCCCCGGGCGCCAGGCCGCGGUGUUCGCCUCCACCUGCGGCGACAAGCCCGUGGGCGUGUUCGGCAUCGUGCACCCAGAGGUGCUGACGGCCUUUGAGCUGCCGUACCCGGUGUCGGCCCUUGAGUUGAACAUCGAGCCCUUCGUGUUCGACCAGUUCUACCAGUCCAAAUUGGAGCCCCUCAGCAACUGAGAAGCCGGGGCACUGGCGGCCUAGCUAGCUGGCCGGUGGUUGCUGCUGCUGAGAACAGUGGCGCUGGCGGCGAUCGGACAUUGAUGGGUGCUCGGUCGGUGGGCUGCUGGAUUGGUGUCCUGAGGAGGCGCUUGAGGGCUUGUGACGGGGCUGGGUGUUUUCAGCGGGGAUUCAGAUUACCAAUUGAGUGUGAGGUGGGGCGGGGUGAAGGCGCGUGCGUGCAUGGCCUAUGGCCCGACGGGGCCACAGGACUGUGGUGAUGUGAGAGCGGGUGCGGUACCGUACUGCCCGGCAUGUGUUGGAGGAGCCGGAGCACGGGCGGCGGUCUAAGCGGGGCAUCGCAGAAGCACAGGACGGACGGAGGAGCUCCAGGCAGCUAGCUAGGAUGAUAUGUCCUUGUGGCUACGGAUCAGGUGCGGAGAGGGCUUUGUUUCCAAGAGCUGCUGGCCGCACCGUCAUGGUCCGCCCGAGCGCGGGCCACUGGCACCUGCCGGGGAUAUCGUAGCAAGCGCGGAACGGUGCGCCUGUCAGGGGUGGCAGGCGAGCGCCUAUGCAGCACGCAUGAAGCAGAGCCGCCAUAGCUCCGUACAAAAGAUGCGUGCGCGGCGCUGCGGCGCAGUGAGUGCGGUAUGCCCGCGUCCCCGGGAGCAGGUGGUUAUGCUUGGGUAGUAGUGAUGUGCGUGGCAGAGCUCGCUGCAAGGGGUAUAUAGACGCUGCCAGGGAUUUGAAAGGGCUGCGUGCUGCGUGCAGGUGAUGGGCCAUGCAGACUGACUUGUGAUGGGGAUGGCUAGGAGAACGUGAUGCGACGGGGGGCCGGGGACAAGGCCCGGCUGGUGCCGUGGCGCGGCCUCUGGCCUCUGCUGUGUAAGCGUGGUAUGGC